AUGGAGAGGGACUCUGGCCCACGGCAGGCAGAGCUGAGUCCGAGAUGUCUGCUGUCUGGGCGUCUGCAGGAAGAGUUUGCAGAAUCUUCACCUAAAGUAAACACAGCCACUUAUUUUUACAGAAGAGGAACAGAAGCAGAUGUUCAGAGUGAGCUCAAGAGCAGCCACCGCAAAGAUGUCCUGCUGGGCGACAAGACAGGAAGUCCCUCAGGGCAAGGACACCACGUGGAGACUGGGCGCAAUUGGUCUCAGGCUCAGGCCCCAGGAUUCUCCCUGCAAGUGCAGAGCGUGGUGAUGGUGCAGGAGGGCCUGUGUGUGCACGUGCCCUGCACCCUCUCCUACCCCCGGAUAGGCUGGACGGAGGACACCCCCGCCCUCGGCUCCUGGUUCGUGGUCGGGACAGACACGAACAAGGGAAGACCGGUGGCCACAAACAAGUGGGAUCAAGUGCAAGGUGGCUCCGGGGGCCGGUUCCAGCUCACUGGGGAUCCCCGGAACCGCAGCUGCUCCUUGCUGAUCAGAGACGCCCAGGUGGAGGACUCGGCACAGUACUUCUUUCGGGUGGAGAGAGGCAGUUACGUGCGGUAUAAUUUCGUGGAGAGCCCGCUCUAUCUGGAAGUGACAGCCCUGACACAGAAGCCCGAUGUCUACGUCCCAGAGACCCUGGAAGCAGGGCGCCAGGCGACACUCAUCUGUGUGUUUAACUGGGCCUUUGAGGAAUGUCCAGCCCCUACUUUCUCCUGGAUGGGGGCCGCCGUCACCACCCCAGGGCCCGGACGCAAAUCCUCCUACUUCUCAGUGCUUUCUCUCACACCGAGACCCCAGGACCACGGCACCCACCUCACGUGCCGGGUAGACUUCUCCAGAAAGGGCGUGAGCACAGAGACAACCGUUCGACUUAACGUCACCCAUGUCCCCAAAGACCUAGUUAUCAGCGUUUCCAGAGCCAAGGCAUCAGCCCCAGAGCCCCAGGGAGACAGCCCGGAUCUGGAAGUCCAGAAAGGCCAGUUCCUGCAGCUGGUCUGUGCUUCCGAGAGCCAGUCCCCUGCCACCCUGAGCUGGGCCCUGGAGGACAGAAUCCUUUCUUGGUCUCACCCCUGGACCCCCGGCCCCCUGGCUCUGGUGCUGACCCGGGUGAUGCCUGGGGAUUCAGGCUGCUACACCUGCCGAGCAGAGAACGGGCGUGGCUCCCAGAGCCGCACCCUGAACCUCUCCGUGCAGUGUGAGUGUGACCAUCAGGAGCCUGAACCACCAGGGAGCUUCUCGGGCAGCAGAGGUGAAGAGACUGUAGUUCUGGAGAAGAGGCAGGGCCACGCCAUCCAGCACCGCCGGGCUCCACAAGAGCUGUGCCAGGCACCCACUGUCCUCAGGGACCCUGGCGUCCUGGCCUGGCACUCACAGGACACGUUGAGCUGGAUGGUCCUCUCUGUGCUAACGUUAGCUCCGGGGAAUCUCACUCGACAGGUGAGGUCGGUGCCGUGGUCCUGGGGCCACGGGGUGAGGGUGAGCACCGAGGAGAAGUGUGUCCUGUGGCCCAGGGAGGUGAGGGCAUCCCCGAUCCAGGAGAAGGUCGGCGGCGUCCCCCUCUUACAGGCCCAGGGCACGCUACAGCCCUUGGAGAAUGGCUCAUCUCUUUCAGUCCUGGAGGACCAGUCCCUGCACCUGGUCUGUGUCAACAGCAACCCCCCCAGUCAGGCUGACCUGGGCCCUGGGGAGCUGACCCUGUGCUCCUCAAAGCCCUGGAACCCUGGGGUGCUGGAGCUGCCUCAGGCACAGGAGAGAGAUGAAGAGGAAUACACCUGCUGAGCUCGGAGUGCGGUGGGCCCCCAGCACGCCUCCCUGAGCCUCUCUCUGCAGGCCCCUUAA